CGUGCGCCCGAGUCCCUUUCUUGGACGCGGUCUUCUUGUUUGCGCCUGUUUACGGUCACGUGCACAAAUACGCACAAACUCGUCCAGUGUAGGCGUGACCUAAUGAUGACAAGUUGCUGCUAGUGUCUCUCAGCAUGGGCAACACGGGAUCAUCGUCUGGUCGUCCUCACAACGGCGAUACUGUAGACUAUGGCUAUCUCACACCGCAGGGCGUUUACACAGGGCCAAGAGACUGGAAUCACGCUAUCGUAACCCAGCUCAUCAUGGAUCGAAAGCUGGCUCCAUUCUAUCGUCCACUCGAAGAGUACAGUGACGACUGGGACGAUGAACAGAUACUGGCAGCAAGAAGAGACUCCCCUGACUCCGACCAUAAUUCUGCUGAUCCUGCCGCUCGUCCCGAUUCUCGUGAUGGCCCGAAACCUCCCAACCAAGCAAGGCGCUCUUCCAGUCUCAAAGAACCUUGUCGCAACAUUCCUGAAGCUGCUCUCUAUAGAGGUGCCGUCGAAUGCCCAAUAUGCUUCCUUUAUUACCCUUCUAAUAUUAACCAUUCGCGCUGCUGCGAUCAAGCCAUUUGCACGGAAUGCUUUGUACAGAUAAAGAGAAUAGAACCCACAACUACUCAUCUUGUAUCAGAACCCGCUGCUUGUCCAUAUUGUGUUCAAGAUAAUUUUGGGAUCGUAUACACGCCUCCUCCAUGGCGUGCCGGUUUAGGCAGCGAGGGAACGACACUCCCUUCUUCGGCAGAUUCACCUCGCGGAUGUCAUCCCGCUCCAACAGGAUCAUCAUCCGCACAGAAACGCCAUCGCAAGAGCUUCGGUCACGACAGUCCAGAGGUUGUGACAACAGACCAAAUACGGCCAGAUUGGGAGGCGAAAUUGGCCGCAGUACGAGCUGCAGUAGCUCGCCGCGCAAACAGGCGGAUCGUCAUGCGCCAGGUAGGAGAUCGGCUGAUACCUGUUGGAGUUACGAGUGGUCGCGUGCACGCACUUCCUAGCACUGAUGGCACGGACAACGGAGAGGGCGAAAAUACGUCUGGUACGGGAAGCAGGCGACGUCGCGGCUUCCGAACGAACGGACCCUCCGAUAUCACUCAACUUCUUGGCCAGAUCGGUGUUGGUGGGCAAGAUCUUGAAGAGCUGAUGGUGAUGGAGGCUAUGCGGUUAUCUUUACUGGAACAUGAGGAGCAUCAGAAAAGGGAAGAAGAGAAGAAGCGGAAAGAAGCCGCUGCCGCCCGAUCGACCGUGGAGCCACCGCCUGAAGUCAGUGCUUCCGCGGGUCCUUCAACUGUGGCAACGACUGCUUCCUCAACCACGUCGAACUCGGAAAUCACUACGCUACAAGAUGGAGAUCCUGGCGAUAGCUCUGUGCCUCGUAGCCGUUCUUUGACGCCCGCAUCAGGUCAAACAACCCGUUCUUCCAUUAGGACUGUAGUUGACGACCUCCACGACCUCUCCCACAGCAUCGAACAACCCUCAACAUUAGGGACACUGCCCGCCACUGCGGAUUCGGAGGGAGAAACAGUAGUGAGCAAUGCCCGGGCGUGCGCUGAUCCAUGUGACAACCAUCUGCAAACUAGCCAUCGUCUGCAGGGUGCAGGUCGAGCAAUGGACGAUGCUACUGGGUAUUUAGUGAGGUCAAGAACGACUUCUCUAUGUUCGCCUGACCAAGAAACACCAGACGGACCAUCGUCAAUCCGCACGACGGACGAGGCGCCCGUGCGUUGAUUUCAUCGGGAAGGCCCUCCAAUGUUCUAGACUUGAGGCCGAAGGGUGGCGCAUGUGGACAAUUAAUAAUGUAGAUGUCCCGACUCCGACCCUGGUUAAUGGCCCCCGUGUCACCCAUGUUCUUUUACUUUUGCACUGCAGGAACACUAACUGUACCCAUCUAUCACCAA